UCUAAUGUGUUGCCGAUAACCAGUGACCAACUGAUUGGCGCCCGACUGCUGCAAGAGUUCGUUGCGAAGACUUUCGAGAAUCAGAUGAAAAUGAGAGCCAAUAUGAAUGCCUUACGUUAUCCCAACUCUACGCCCAAAACCAUUCUUAUGAUUCCUAUCACCGGAAGUCAAUCAUUGGAUCAAUUGAAUGACAUUAUCGCUAACCGGCAACUAAUCAACGGACAGAUAAUUCAAACGCGAAGACGUGAUCUCAUGAGUCCUGAAGAGAUUCAUAAGUUUUCGGUACUACUGAACGAAAUCAAAGACUUUUCGCACAAUAAUUGUGAUCUAAUAGUGGAUUACGAAUGGCUUUGUAUUAUACACAACCUUAUGUUUAAGAAGGGCUUCUGUGACUAUCCGCCGCAGAGUUGGCAAAUUGCUUACAAACAGCUGAUCCGAUGCUAUGUUCAGGCUUUAAAAACGUGUGAAUCGUAUGAAGAAGUGAUGACUUAUUUGCCACUAUUUGAAGACUGCAAUCGAUUGCUAUUCAACAAAUCCAAUGGUCAUUACGAGCACGUGAUGGACGCCAGGAGACGAUUCCUCAACAAUUACGGAGAUUUGGAUAAUAAAUGGCUAAAUCUUCGGCUGAUUGUCAAACAGCAGAGCAGUGAACACCAGAAAAGCAAUGAUUUGCAGACAGUAUUGGAGAACAACGUCAAUGACAUCAAAGGUCUGAAUGUAUUGAUUCAUGUGAUCAAAGAACUAGAUAUCAAACCCAAUGAGAGGAAGAGUUUUGAGAGAAUGUCAACGAAGAUGAACGCAAUUGGUCUGAACUGGAGUCCAGAAAAGUGCAGAACUGUUCUCAACGUUUGGGUCUCUUUCUAUGCGAACAAUUUCCAUAAUUUAGAGUAUUGUCUCCAAAAGCGCAACCGAAUCGUUGAAUACAUUUACGGCUUUUUGAACGCAAUCACAACCUUUUCAUCCAAUUUGAAGAGCAUUUACCGACCAAAUGAUGUCAAUUAUCGCAAAAUAAUACUCAUUGAGAAGUAUGUCCACAAUUUCAAUGCUUCCACACCUUAUACUAAACUCAAGGCAGUCUUUAGAAAUGGUUUGUCUGAUCACCAAUAG